ACGUGAGAUGAAGACCGAGUCAAAUCAGCCACAUAUGUGCCACGUCAGCCAAAACCGCCAUCUAAAUCGCCGAGGGACCUUAUCUGCUCCGGUUUUGAUAGUUGAGGGACUCGUUGUAUCUGGUUUUUGGUUGAGGUACGAAAAUCGGAUUCGGUGACAAAUUAAGGGACCUCAGAUGAACUUAUUCCACUAAUAAACAGAGAAAAAGAAAUACUAACAAGCCAACCCAUAUGAGAUGCGGCCCACUACUGAAAAGGCCCAACACACACAGCCCAUUUCACCUGCCCUGCUACGAAGCGUCGAAGUCCCCUUCCCUUCUCCGCCGCAGCUGGUUCGAACCGGAGGCGCAACGUCGGCGGCGGCAGCGCUUUUCACGGCGACUUGGGCGGCGGCGGCGGCGGCGGCGAAUAGGGUGAGCAAUCGUGUGAGAAGGGGCGGCGGCGAUGGCGAUGGCGACGGCGGCGCUAGCCAGGGCGAUGCGCGGCGGAUCCGGCGCCGGUGCGGGACUGGCGGCCGGCGAACUCCUCUCGAAGGCUCCCGCUACCCGGACUUCCUCCCUCCCCGCUAUGGUCGCGUCUCGUGGUUGCUCAAACGGAGGUGGGAGGUGCGCCAAGGUGGCAGAUUUGGCGGAGAUGAACGGCAGGAUAAAUAUGGUGGAGUUUGAGCUGAAGCGGGAGGUGCAACUGAUGAAGUUCGCAGUUGAAAAACAAAGAGCAAUGGCAAGGGUUGAGAUGAUGGAGGCUGAGGCAAACAGGAUGCAGUUUCGCUUCAGACUCAUGUGUGGUCUUGUAUGGGGUGGAUCGCUGGUCUACAUAGCAAGUCAUAGGUAUUAGAGGUGGCUACUGUCUUGUUUGCUGCAUCUGUGAGGUCAAAACAUAGCACUGAUGGAACUAUGAUCUUUGAUGUAGCCAACAGGCAAUUUAUAUUAGCUAGGGCCUAGAAAAUGCCUUCAGUAAUGGAUAGCGCUAGACCCGUGAGGAACUACUGUGCACAUAUGUGUGUGAUGCUAGAGUGUGCUCCUACACAUUAGCCUAUGCAUCCCUCUGAUGGUUUUUUGUCUGUGAGAGUUCAUCUGCCUGCAAUGUGAGUCUAUCCAGUCGUGUUGUUUCUUCU